AUGAUGUGUUUGUUGUGCAAUAUAGUUUUAAGUACUUUAAAAAAAGCGAAUGCAAAUAAACACUACUUGACUCAUAAAGAACAUAAAUAUUUCGCUUUAGAAAGUGAAUCACGAAAAGCUGCACUUCAAAAGCUGAAAAAUGAGAAGUAUCAUCAGCAGGCAUCUUUUAGUGCCUUUGUAAAUCAAAAUUCCACUGCAGUUGCUGUUACCUAUAAAAUAACACAUAUACUUGGGAAAAGGGGCAAACCAUUUAGUGACAUUGAAAUAAUUAAAGAAUGUAUUGUUGAAGCAGUGAGUAUGUUAGAUCCAAGAAAUGUCGACAAAUACAAACAAUUACCUCCUUCAAGAAGAACUGUAACAGAUCGACAGCACGAAUUAGCCCAAAAUGUAACAGAGCAACUUCAUACAAUUAUACAAAAUGAAGAUGUUCAUUUUUCAAUUGCUUCAGAUGAAAGCACUGAUAAAACAAAUUCGGCACAAGUUUUAUAUUUUAUUCGUGCUAUAACUAAAGAUUUUCAAUGUUACGAAGAACUACUUGUGUUGGGUACACUAACUGGAAAAACUCGCGGAGCCGAUAUAAGAAGAAGGAUUGGUUGCUUUGUUAAAAAAGGAAAACUUGAAAAAAUUGAUAUCAUUUCACUGCAUUUUGCAUCAGCAAAAUCUUUGCGGAAAAUCUACCAUUUUGCAAGACACUCUGGAUAG